AUGCGCUUUGAUCGGCUAGCCUUCCACGCCAUGGCCCUAUUGGCCUUUACACAUGCUCCUCUUCCACACCAACAAUCCUCCUCCUUGGUAUUGGCGGACGAAGAAGCAGCAGCAGCAGCAGCAGCAGAAGAGGCUGCCAAUAAGAUUCCCGUCGUCGAAGACAGCUACGAAGCACCCGACGAUGCCGAAAACUUCAAGUUUGAAGCCGAAGUUUCCCGGAUGUUGGACAUUGUGGUCAAUUCUUUGUAUCAAAACAAGGACGUCUUUUUGCGAGAAUUGAUUUCCAAUGCCAGCGACGCCUUGGACAAGGUCCGAUUCUUGUCCAUUUCCAAGCCCGAAUUGCUUCAGGGAGAAGAGAAGCUCCAAGUCCAAAUUGAAUUCGACAGCGAGGCCAGCACUUUGACCAUUCGGGAUACCGGUAUUGGAAUGACCCACGAUGAGAUGAUUUCCAACUUGGGUACUGUGGCUCGCAGUGGAACCACCCGCUUUUUGCAAGGACUCAAGGGGGCCGAUGGCGAAUCGGGCCAAGUCAGUCAAAUUGGACAAUUCGGUGUCGGAUUCUAUUCGGCCUUUUUGGUGGCCGACCGUGUCCAAGUGGCUUCCAAGCACCCCGAAUCCGAUACCCAAUAUGUCUGGACCACCACCAAUGGAUCGUCGGAAUUCCAAAUCUUUGCCGACCCUCGUGGAACUUCCUUGGUGCGGGGUACCGAAAUUACCCUCUUUUUGAAGGAAGAUGCCAUUGAUUACGCCAAUGAAACCAGAUUGCAAACAUUGGCCAAACACUAUUCCGAAUUCGUCACCCACCCCAUUUACUUGCGCACCGAGCAAACCAUGGAAGUCGAAAUUGAAGACGACGAGGAUGAUGCUCCUGCUGCCGAGGACGAAGAAAAGAAGGAAGGAGAAGACGACUUGGAGGUCGAAGAAGAAGAAGAAGAAGCAGAAGGAAAGCCAAAAAAGACCAAGGAAGUCACCACCUUCGAAUUCGAACAAUUGAAUGGAAAUCCUGCCAUUUGGACUCGUUCCAAGGAGGAUAUUUCCGAUGAGGAAUACAAGGCGUUUUACAAGGUUGUUUCCCGUGACGAAUCGUCGAGUGCCGAACAUUGGUCGCACUUUAAUGCCGAGGGUAACAUCAACUUCAAGUCUCUUUUGUAUCUGCCCGAUACUCCUCCCGAAGCCUGGAUGACGGGUAUGCAAGAAAUGGACAAGUCGGGUCUUUCCCUCUAUGUCCGAAAGGUUUUGAUCAGUGACGAAUUCGAAUUGUUGCCACGAUACUUGGCCUUUUUGCGGGGUGUCGUUGACAGUGAUGAUCUUCCAUUGAACGUCAAUCGCGAGACGCUUCAAGAAUCCAAAAUUAUCAAGGUCAUUAAGAAGAAGGUGGUCCGCAAGGCUUUGGAAAUGAUUCGCAACUUUAUGAAGGAAGCCGACAAGGAAGCUGCCGAAGCCAAGCCUGCUGAAGACGACGAAGACGACGAAGAUGCUCCAGCUACUACCAGCAAGUACAAUGAAUGGUACAGUAAGUUUGCUCCAUCCUUGAAGAUGGGAGCCUUGGAUGACGAACCCAACCGUCCCAAGAUCAUGAAGCUCUUGCGAUUCAAGUCGUCAAAGACUGGAGAAGAUGGAUGGACCAGCUUGGAACAAUACGUCGAGAACAUGAAGGACUUUCAAAAGGAAAUUUACUUUGUGGCUGGACAAGAUGUCGAAAGUGUCGAAAAGUCCCAAUUCCUAGAGACCUUUUCCCAAAAGGACGUGGAAGUUCUUUACUUCUUGGACCCAAUUGACGAAUACAUGGCCUCCAACGUUCGCGAAUUCGAAUCUGCCAAGUUCAAGAACAUUGCCACGGAAAACAUCAAGCUCGAAACCGAAGACGACAAGGAUUUGGCCACCCGAAGAGAAAAGUUCUACAAGAAAAAGUUCAAGCCUCUCACCAAGUACUUGAAGAAGUUGUACGGACCUUCCAUUAUGCGCAUUGCCAUUUCCAGUCGUUUGGUUUCCACUCCCGCCAUUGCCAGUAGUGCCGAAUACGGUCACUCGGCCAACAUGGAACGCAUCAUGCGGGCGCAAGCCUACAGCCACGGACAAAGUGACUUUUCGAUGAGAGCCCUCAAGGUCUUUGAAAUCAACCCCCGUCAUCCUUUUAUUACCAAGCUCUUGGAAGGUGCACCAGAGGAGGAUGCCGACGAUGCCGUUGUUGCCCCCGAAGUCGAAGAGGCCGCUUGGAUUCUUCACGAAAUGGCCAUGCUCAACGGUGGAUUCCCAUUGACGGACCCUGAAGCACACAGCAAGCGCAUGAUGAAGUUCAUCCAAUCCAACUUGAAUGUAGAAUCUCUCACUUUGGAAGAAGAGCCAGAACUUCCAGUGGAGGAAGAAGAGGCCCCAGAUGUGGAUGAUAUGGACCUUGGUGACCUAGGUGAUCUAUCCGACUUUGAUCUUGACGGUAUGGAACUGUAA